GGUAGUUGGGCUUCCGCCGCCCGCCGCCUCCGCUUCCGCUCCCCCAAAUUGGAAACGAGUCCCUCCAACGGACGCCGCAGCAGCCAGUGAAAAGGCGAGGUCGAGCGAGCGCAGGCGCCGCAGCGGCUGCCGCGCCGCGCCCGCGCCCUGCGCCCACCUCCUCCCUCCCCUUCCCCCUUUCCAUUUCCCACUCCUCUAUUCCAACCGCCAGAGCCCCCCAACGCCACCAGGAACAACCAGCCCCCCCUCUUCCCUCCCCCCAAAAUUUCUUCCCGGCUCCGAAAUGGCGGACUCCCAGGUGGAGGCGAUGAGGAGGGCGUUCGCGAGCAUCAUGCUCAACAUGGCGCAGGAGUCGGCGGCGCGGGUGCUGGAGGCGGAGCGGCGCGCGGCGGCGCUCGCCGCCGGGCGCGAGGCCGCCAAGGAGGACGGCGUCGCUGCGCUCCUGCGGCUCAAGGCCAUCAUGGAGGCCAGGGUUAAAGAGGUAGAACUGGGAUCUUUGGCGCAUGUUAAAAGAAUCAAGGAACUAGAAGAGCAGUUGCAUGGUGCACAAAAUAUUAUGGCCUCUCUUAAAGUGGAGCUGCAUCAGGCACAUAAUGAAUUAGAGCAGACAAGGGAAACCUUAGCUGAGGCAAGAAUAAAUGGCCUUCCUACAUACAAGGAAGCUGAUUCUAACAAAGACACCAGCCCUCGUUCUAAGAUACAUCAACAAGGAGAAAAUAUAUUGUUGAAGAAUAAAAAGAACGCAGAGGACUGUGAUGACACUUGGCUUGUUCCUAUAGCCGCAAAAGAGAAUGGAGCAGUGGAAAAAUUGGACAUAAAUCAUUGUAGUCCUGAUCUGCCAUCGUUUAUGGAAAGGAGUAAGAAACCUAAGUUCAAUCAUAAUGGGUGCACACAGCGUAUCCAUGCACUUAAACAACCGGCUCAAGGAACAGAUGCAUCCCUGAAGCAAAAUCAGAAGCAGGCUACUGUAUUAAAUAGUUGUUCAAAGACCAGUCAGAAUUAUGCAGCUCAAAUCCCAUGCCACACAAGGUCCAUCACGGAAGAGAUACUUCAAACAAAAUUUCUGGGUAAGUACAAGCGCAAGAGAAGCAGAAGAAGCAGGCCUAGUUAUAAGUUCGAUAAUUCUACUAGUGAGCAUGGGGAAGCAGAAGACAAGUUAUCUGAUACAUCUGAAGGAAAUGGGUGUUUGCUGCUUCUUCAGGCUCUUGAACAGGAACUAUCACCUCCUAAGAUUUCUGCUGGACAGGCUAGGGAGGCCUUAAGUGAUAUCAAGAAAGACUUAAAAAUAGGCAGGAGGGAUGCUAGCUUAAAUCAGGGAACUGCUUUCCCUGAACUUCUUGAUGCCCUUGCAAUAAACAACAUGCAAGUGAAAAAGAGAAAAAGAACAAAGACCGUCAGGGUUGUGGAAAAGGAAUUUUGUAAUUCCAAAGGUGUUCCUAGAUCUGCUAACACCUUGCUUAGGACAACCAGUGAUAAAAGCAUGUCUGAUAAUGAAUUGAUCUAUGAGAUGACACAGAAUCGCUCAGAUACACCUGCUGAAGAAAAUGGUCCUCUGAAAUAUACUGAAGAAAACUGUAUGCAUCAGACUGGUGCAGAUAAUGGUCAAUUUUAUCCUGAAAAGAGCUCUGCAGUGCUCCUUCAAUCGACCAAAAGUGAAGCUACAGAUUAUGGUAACUUAGUGGUGGACCAGCUAAAGCAGAAAACACCAAAUACUAAUAUUGCAAUCCGGAAAGAAGUUUCCGAGGAUGGAAGCUGCAGUUUAGCUUCACAUAAGGCUGGUGCUUCUACUAUUAUUUCCUUGGACAAAGAAGAAAAAUUGAAGGCAUCUUCUGGACUUCCCGUGCAAGCUUUAGAUAAAAGUAAUGCUUCAAUUGGCAUCUCCCUGAACAAAGAAGAGCAUGCAAAAACAGGUUCUGAAGCCUCCAAGCAAACUGAAGGUGCCAGACAUAUCAAAUACACAUUCAACCGUAGGAAGCGCAAGUGUGUGUCUAUAUACAACAUGCGCGCUGUCCCUGAGAAGAGUUGCGACCUGGGUAAGCAAAAUCCUCAUCUAGAUCCUGUCAUGCAAGAUCAUCCAAUGGGUUCUCCUCGAGGCAGUAACCAUCUAGUCCGAAUUGCCCAACAGCUCAUUUUGUUGUCAGAGCAUAAAUGAUGUGAGUUUUGAUACAUAAAGAUAAAGAAGGGAUUGGUUCAAUGCCUCGGUGGCAUAAUAUUUAAGGGACUCAUGUUAAAUGAAUUUUGCAAUAUCUAAUCCAUUCGAUUUCUUCCUUGGAGGAGUAGAAUAGUUCUGAUGGUGACAAUAGACAGAUCAAGAAAGCAGCUCAACCUGAUAGUUGCUACUGUAGUCGACUGUAUAGUUUAGGCAGUAAGUUAAACUGUUACUUAAUUGUUGAUGAAUUUGGAAUUAGUGUUUUAAGUAGGUGAUAAAUUUUGAGUUAUUAUUGUGUCAUCGAUCGAGUUAUUAGAAUUCAAAAUGGGAAGAAUCGCUCCCUGCAGCAGAAAGGUUUUUAAAGUUUAAACCAAUCUCUCGAUCACACACUCUUGUUUUCCAUGAAGUUCCUUUA